AAGUUCGUUUCUAACGUUUGGUAAUCACAUGGCCGACGGCGAGGCUUGUGUUAAUAUUCCUCAUGUUUAUUAAACAUGAUUCCAUUAGGAGUGUGUGUGUGUAACGAAUUUGCCUGUUGGUUUCUUCAUGUCUGGCUGAUACAUUUGGUUAAUUAUGCAUUAAAUUGGCAUAGAACGCGUAUAAACUAGUAUAAACACAGUAGCUGAGGAGAUUGGGAGCAAAGUUACGUGUUCGUAAUACUUGAGUAAAUGAAUAGUACUUAGAAACUUUUUUUUUAUUACAUGUGAGGUACCAAACUUAAAAAGUUGUGCCCUGUCCUCCAGCACGCAUGUUCGGAGUGAAGGCACGCUUGGGGUAAACUGUCACUUCCUGUGUUUUUGUGAGCCUCGCUUCAUUUAAUUCGGCGAAGCCUGUGACUGCAGACAAACUCGCAUUACGCCAAGCCAACUGACCAACGGGCGACCCAGGGUUACAAAACAAACCCAACCUCUCUGGCCAACAGUUUGAGGAGCUAACGAGGGUAACGCAGAAGCUAAACAGCUAAUUCGAAAUGGCGACUGCAAUAUACUUGGAACAUUACCUUGACAGUAUUGAAAACUUGCCAUGUGAGCUACAAAGGAACUUCACUUUGAUGCGGGACCUGGACAACAGAACUGAAGAAAAGAAAGGAGAGAUCGACAAACUGGCUGAGGAGUACAUCGCAAAUGUCAAGAAUCUAGCUUCUGAGCAGAGAGUUGAACACCUGCAAAAGAUCCAGAAUGCCUACAGCAAGUGCAAAGAGUUCAGUGAUGACAAAGUCCAGCUCGCAAUGCAGACAUAUGAAAUGGUGGACAAACAUAUCCGCAGGCUGGAUGCAGAUCUGGCACGGUUUGAGAAUGAACUCAAGGAGAAACUAGAAGUGAGCUAUGACAGUACAGAGGGCAGAGGUUUGAAAAAAAAUGAUGUGCGGGGGCUGAGAGAGAAGCGUGGAUCCAGGGGAAGAGGAAGGAAAGGUUCAGAUGAAGAUUCUCCCAGAAAGAAAAAGAUGAAAAACAGCCCAGACUUGAGUGACGCUCUCCUGCCUAUGCAGCCAUCAGACGUGUUGGACAUGCCGGUCGAUCCAAAUGAACCUACAUACUGCCUGUGUCAUCAGGUGUCAUAUGGAGAAAUGAUAGGAUGUGAUAACCCAGAUUGCCCCAUUGAGUGGUUUCACUUUGCUUGUGUUGAUCUCGCCACAAAACCCAAAGGAAAAUGGUUUUGUCCGAGAUGCACCCAGGACAGGAAGAAAAAAUGAGUUUUCAUAUUUCCAGAAGUGCUUCUCUAACAUCUGUACUUUGGGUAGAGUUUCGUAAUGUCAUAAAUAUAUAAAAUAUUUUAGUUCGUACAGCGCACCAUAUAAAUGGUGGAUCAUAAAGCUUUCUUUAAAGGCCUAAUCCGGAGUUGGAGUAUAUCUAUACUUGUUGCUUUACUAUGUCCGUGUUAUUGGAUUUCAAGAUGCCUGUCUUUGUCCAGUAGCUCUAAAAUGACUAGUUUACCUAUGUAUUAUUUGUCUAAUCUGGGUAAAUCUGGGUAAUCUUCUGGGUGUAGUUUUCACAAAUUGUCAUUCAGAAAGUUGUUCCUCUUAAGUCAUUUGCUUGUUUAUGUGUGUGUGUGCGGUUGUCGCGCGUGUGCAUGUGUAAAGACUAACUCAAAAACCCGGAUUGUGUCUUAAGCAUACUUGAAAUGUCAGUUUUAUAAAUGACUUUUUAAAAUAAAUUAACAGCCUGCUGAGAAUUUACAAUUCAGAUGCCCUAAUCCAUGUGUAAAUGGUGAUGGGGAAAAGGAAUUGUCAGUUUUUUUGUUACUACCUCCUUAGGGAAUACAUCGGCACUGCAAAAUGACUGCAAUUGAUAACAAUGUAAAAAACUGUUUUGAUUAGCUUAAACCAAACUAGCAAAGCAAUGUAAAGUCAUUCUGUAUUGCAUUUUAACAAAAACCUGCGACAUCUUUGAAUGUAUUGUGGUACUUAUGGUCAGUCAGUCAGUCAGUGUCUAUUGUCAACUGAAUGAGGUAUUUAAGCACUUUGAAUGACAUUUUCCCCUUACAAGGUUUGAUAAUGCAGGCUUAGUUUUAUGUUAUAGUUUAUCUCUUUUAAAACUUUGCCAUAGAACAUCAUGUCAGACCAUAUAUAUGGAAGUGUAUAUAUAUAUUUUGUAUGAUAUAAAACUAUUUUGUGCACACAUUUUUUCCCCCAAAGAUAUAUUUGUUGUAUUGCUUACUUCCUGGUGUACACUCAGAUUUUAUUUAAUAGGAUUUUAGAAUCUUCAUAUUCAACUGUGAAUAUCACUCAUCUAGGUGUAAGCCACAAAUAAAAGAACCAAAGUCUUUGUAUUUUGUAAAAUUCAGUAUUUUAUAACAAAUAAAGAUUCACUAUUAUCCAUG